UGGCGGCGCCGCCAUGGCGGGGAACCGCGCGCACAAGAUCGGCAGCGUGUUCAGCCGCACGCGGAACCUGCUGCGCGUCGGCGUGGUGCCGCGGCCGCUCUGGUUCGACGUGUACGGCGCCUUCCCGCCGCUCCGCGAGCCCGUGUUCCGCACGCCGCGCCCGCGCUACGGCCGCCUCACCGACGUGGUGCCGCCCAUCCUGUACCCCGAGGACAGCGUCCGCGCGAAGUUCUACAGCGUUUACGGGAGCGGGCCCAGGCCCUUCGACCUGUCGCAGCCAAACUUCAAAUCCACUUGCCAGAGGUUUGUGGAGAAGUUCAAUGAGCUGAAGGAGGAGGGAAGGAUCGAGGAGGACAGGCUGUUUGAAGAAACAGGCAAAGCUCUGCUAGCCAGAGGCAUAAUUUUGCAGAGAAAAGGAGCAGAAAAAGUCGCGCCGCCUGCUCGCCAGGAUGCUGGAGGCAGGGAUGCCGUGUUGCACACACAGCUGCAGACCGUGUUGGAGGAGAUGCAGGAGCGGAAGCAGGGCACGGGGGAGCAGCCGGCAGAGCCGCCCGCGGGGCAGGAGGAAGAUCCCUCGUCCCGCUGAGCAGCCACACGCCGCCCUGCGCCGCGUUGGCCCUGCGCUCCCGGGACACUGCGAGCUGGCAGCUCUGCGCGCCCUUUCCCACACGUGUCCUGCCCUGGUGCCUUCUGUGGCUCUGCGUGUGACACGUGUUCCUCCGUCCACACACUUCAAAGGGAGAGAAUCCUUUAUUUGGAUUGAGUGCCGUCUCAAACCACAAGGUGGAAACUAUGACAUGCACUACUGAAAAAU